AUGUUUACGUUUACUCCGCUGCUCGGAGCGCAGUCGUCGACCUCAAAGGCUUCGCAGUCCAUUUUGGAGCUUGAUGGUGGGAUAAAGAUCCUCGUGGAUGUGGGUUGGGACGAUACAUUUGAUACCCUUGACUUGGUGGAAUUGGAGAAACAUGUUCCCACUCUAUCGCUCAUCCUUUUGACUCACGCGACACCCUCACAUCUCGGUGCUUUUGCGCAUUGCUGCAAGACCUUCCCCCUCUUUACUCAAAUCCCCGUCUACGCUACGAGCCCCGUCAUUGCUCUCGGACGUACACUUCUACAAGACCUAUACGCCUCAUCACCGCUAGCUUCCACCUUUCUACCAAAAGCUUCGAUCUCAGAGCCGGGCGCGUCCUCGUCGGCAGCAUCCGCCGCAGCAUCCGCGACAGAAGGUGGUGAGGGGAAAACAGAGGCGACAGGUGCCGGUCGGAUUCUCCUUCAGCCUCCAACAGGAGAGGAGAUCGCCCGGUACUUCUCGUUGAUUCACCCAUUGAAGUAUUCGCAACCACACGAGCCAAGUCCGUCUCCGUUCUCGCCGCCUCUGAAUGGACUGACGCUUACUGCUUACAACGCUGGACAUACCGUCGGAGGCACAAUAUGGCACAUUCAACAUGGAAUGGAAUCGAUUGUAUAUGCAGUCGACUGGAAUCAAGCGCGAGAAAGUGUCGUGGCGGGAGCUGCGUGGUUUGGAGGCUCCGGAGCUAGUGGGACUGAGGUUAUUGAGCAGCUACGCAAGCCCACUGCACUGGUCUGCAGUACCAAGGGUGGAGACAAGUUUGCUCUUCCUGGAGGGCGGAAGAAGCGUGAUGAUUUGCUUCUGGAUAUGAUUCGGAGUAGUCUUGCUAAGGGGGGUACUGUUCUCAUUCCCACGGAUACCAGUGCCCGAGUCCUUGAACUGGCAUAUUCAUUGGAGCAUGCGUGGCGUGAUACAGAAGAUGGCGAUAACGAUGUGCUCAAAGGCGCUGGGCUGUAUUUGGCGGGCAGGAAAUCCCUCACCACUAUGAGGCUAGCAAGGAGUAUGUUGGAAUGGAUGGAUGAGAAUAUUGUGCGCGAGUUUGAAGCGGCCGAGGGUGGAGACGCAGCAACUCAGGGCCAGUCUAAGACAGACAACCAGAGAUCUGGGGGUCAAAGUCAGGACAAGGGAGCCAAGGGAGCCGGUCCUUUUUCAUUCAAGCACCUCAAGAUCAUUGAACGGAGAAAGAAGCUGGAGAGAAUUAUAUCUGACGGGACGCCGAAGGUUAUUCUUGCUUCGGAUUCUUCGCUAGACUGGGGCUUCGCCAAGGAUUCUCUACGCAUGGUGGCCGAGGGCCCUAAUAACUUGCUCUUGCUCACUGAUUCUCUUCAUAAGGAAAAGAUUCCGGAUAGUGCCCAGACUUCCCAGCGGAUGACUCUGGGUGGUAUGAUUUGGCAAUGGUAUGAACAACGAAGUGAUGGUGUUGCGUUGGAGAAAGCGUCGGAUGGUGGUCUACUUGAGCAGAUCCAUGGUGGAGGAAGGGAGCUUUCAUGGACAAACGUGCAACGUGCUCCGCUUGAUUCAGGGGAACAACUACUUUACCAACAAUAUCUUGCCACAAAAAGGCAACUCCAAGACACUACCCAAACACGAGGACAGGAGAGUCUCGACACCACAGCCGACGCAUUGGAUGACCGGUCCAGUUCCACCACAUCUGAAGACUCGGAGACAGAACAGCAAGGAAGGGUUUUGAACUUUUCUACUUCAUUGGCUCACGCCAAUCGCAACAAGCUUGGGUUGAGUGAUGAAGAUCUCGGAGUAAACGUUCUUCUGCGGCGGAAGAAUGUCUUCGAUUACGAUGUCCGCGGGAAGAAGGGCCGUGAACGAAUGUACCCUUAUGUAGCGCCGAGGAAGAAGGGAGACGAGUUCGGAGAGUUCAUUCGACCGGAGGAAUACCUGCGAGCGGAAGAGCGUGAAGAAGUGGACAUGCACCAGCGCGGAUCAGACUCGAUGAAGCUUGGCCAAAAACGGCGAUGGGACGAAACAGGACCUAAUGGACGCAGACUAUCUGGGUCUGGGAAUAAGCGUCUAGACCGAAGGGAUGCAAGCAUUGCUGAUGAUCUCAGUCUUGCAGAAGAUGGCGAUGGCGAUGCUGUUGUGUCAUCAGAGGAUGAGGCUGAUGGCCAGGAGUUUGAAGGACCCGCAAAGGCUGUCUACGAGAAAGCCACGAUUACAGUCAACGCCCGCCUUGCAUUUAUUGACUUCGCGGGCUUACACGAUAAGCGCAGUUUAGAGAUGCUCAUCCCACUCAUUCAACCACGCAAGUUGAUCCUGGUUGGUGGAAUGAAAGAAGAGACCAGCGCAUUGGCCACUGAGUGCAAGAAGCUUCUCAAGGCUGGUGUUGAUACCGCUUCCGCAGAGUCUGCGGUCAUUUUCACACCGGUAAAUGGUGAACUCAUCGAUGCCAGUGUGGACACCAAUGCCUGGAUGGUCAAGCUGAGCAACAACCUGGUCCGACGCUUGAAAUGGCAGCAAGUUCGUGCCCUGGGUGUUGUGGCACUGACUGCCCAGCUGAGAGGACCUGAAAUUACCGACGCCACCGAAGAAGCAGAAGAAUCGGCUAGCAAGAAACAAAAGCUCUUAACAGACGAGACCAGCACGGAGGUCGCCCCAACUCCCGACGGGGUAAAACCGCCAGCAGAAAAGUCGGAUGUCUUCCCCAUGCUGGACAUUCUCCCCGCUAACAUGGCAGCCGGCACGAGAUCAAUGACCCGACCUCUGAACGUCGGUGACAUGCGACUGGCAGACCUGCGCAAGAUCAUGCAAGGCGCCGGCCACAGGGCAGAAUUCCGAGGUGAAGGAACAUUACUGAUUGACGGAUCAGUCGCCGUGAGAAAGUCCGGGACGGGCAGAAUUGAGAUCGAAGCAGCUGCUCAAUCGGCGGCGGCCAACCAGCCCAUAGGACAGGCAGCACUCAGCUUUUUGGCUGUGAAGAGGAAGGUCUAUGAAGGUCUUGCUGUUGUUGCUGGCAAUUAA